GGUCUCCCAAAACAAACUCUAAUGCCGCUUUUCCACUGCAUGGUACCAACUCGACACGACUCGACUCGACUCGACUCAGCUCGCCUUUUUUGCGUUUCCACCGCGAUCUAGUACCUCAAGUGGCUGCUUUUUCUAGUACCGCCUCGCUCUAGGUUCCAAGCGGCUGAGCCGAUACCAUAAGGUGACGUCGGCAGACGGCCGGCCACUGAUUGGCCAGAGAAUGUGACGAUGUCACGAGAGCGACAUGGCAACCAUGCUGGUAACAGCCAUAACAGCGCCGCAGCCAACAUAUAUUCCACUUCUUCAACUUCUUCAACAUGACAACUAGUAAGUCAACACAGUGGUCCAUUGCUGAGGUGCAGACGCUUCUGUGUCUUGUGGCCGAGGAUAGAAUUCAGAAAGAGCUGGACGGAGCCACCCGUAAUGAAAAGGUUUAUAAGGAGGUCGCUAAGUUGAUGCAAGACAAUGGUUACAUCAGGUCUUACGUGCAGUGUCGAGAUAAGCUCAAAAAACUUAAAAGCGACUAUAAAGCCAUUAAGGACCAGAACGGCAGGAGUGGGUCGAACCGAAAAUCGUGGAAGUGGUACGACCACUUACGGCCACAGACCGGCAAACAACGGGAGGGAGAGUGGCAUCGACUCGGCCAUGAGUUUGUUGGAGGAAAUUAAUAAUAAUGACUUCCUAUCUACAAACGAAGAAGGCGGUUUGGUCGACAGUGAUGAACCCCCAGCAGCAGCUUCAACAACGCCACCGCCCACAGAACCACCUUCUCCAGCGUCCAGCACUAGCACCAGCACCAGCACCACUGACAAGAGAAAAAGGAGCCUGUCGCAACAGGAGCACUCGGCUCAAGUGACGGACUGUCUCAGAGAAAUGCACUCCGAUGACAUCGCCCAACAGGAUCGUGCCCGGGCCCAGCGUGACGACCACCUCCAGCUGCUCCUCAUUGACGCCCGAGAAGCGAGGGAGCAGGAAGCAUCAUUGAGGAGAGAGGAGGCGGCACAGACUUCAGAGUUCCACCGAUCGUUCCUUGGUGUGUUCGGCCAACUGGUGGAGGCAAUGCGUGACCGACGUGUUUGAACCACUCCCCCAGCCCCAGAUUCUCUAGUCAAGUUUAUAUUAUAUUAUAAAUAUAAUAAUUAUUCCACUUUUUUGUAAAUAGUUUAUAUUCCACCUUUUUGUAAGAAGUUUAUGUUCCAUCUUUGUGUUUAAAAGUUUGCUGUGCUGCACUGAUUUGCUCCUAUUCUGUUUUAAUAAAUUAUAAGUAACUUAUGUGAUCGUUUCAUGAUUUUCUAAUUCAUCUGUCAUUACACUGGUAGGAAAAGUCAUUACACACAAAAUAAAUAACUAGUAAUUGUUCUUUACCCUCUUUUGGAUUGUGAGGUGCUCA